CUAAGGGGCUCUUGCACGGGUGGACUUCCUUUCGCUCCGACAUCUUGACGAGGAAACAUGCCUCCUAAGCAGGACAAGAAGAAGGACGCUGGGAAGUCCAAAAAGGACAAGGACCCAGUCAACAAGUCCGGAGGCAAAGCCAAGAAGAAGAAGUGGUCCAAGGGAAAGGUUAGGGAUAAGCUCAACAACCUGGUACUCUUCGACAAGGCAACCUAUGAAAAGUUGUACAAAGAAGUCCCCAACUACAAGCUCAUCACCCCGGCUGUUGUGUCUGAGAGGCUGAAGAUCCGCGGCUCCCUGGCCAGGAACGCUCUCCAGGAGCUGCUCGCUAAAGGCAUGAUCAAACUGGUGUCCAAACACAGAGCACAGCUCAUUUACACCCGUAACACCAAGGGUGGAGAUGAGGAGGGAGCUGAGAAAGCGCCAGAGAAACCAGAGAAGCCAGAGAAACCAGAGAAGGCUGAAAAGGCCGAGAAGGCAGAGAAAGCCGAGAAAGCAUAAUCGGGUUCUCCUGUUUCCUCUGAUGAGCUGUUUGUAAUAAAAGGUGAAUAAAAAAAAAUGUAAAGACAAAAUCAUAUCCGUGUAAUUGUUUACUGUUCAUGUCUCAGUAACUGGAUUAACUGCUAGGUUGGUAAUUUUUCCAACCAGGUGUUCAUUUUUAGUUGGUCACAAUUAAUUCGUAAUUUAUGUAGACUCAUGUUUCAACCAGGAAAAUUACUCUGGACUAAAAUAACAAGUGAAAUGGUUAGAUGGCACAAUUUUGUAGUUCCUUUGGUCUUGAGUCAAGUACAUACACUCCAUAUUCAUAUGGAUGUCCUGUGGGUACUUUCUCUAUACACCUGGAAAGCUGUCUGGUAUAAAUAAGGUCAU